CGCAGCACCCAAAAGCAAACACGUCGGAAGCGACGGGGCGACGAGUAGGUGCGGGGGAAGCAAGGAAAGAAGCAACGCGAAAUAAAGGAGCAGUUUUUACCCCUGCGACCUUCUUCCUUCUUCCUUCUCGUCCCUCGAUUGUCCUCGGCGACUUCUAAAUAUGUGAUUUCUUCUUCACCUCUCGUUUAGAUCCCUGCCUAGGUUUCCGACGUCAUGGAGGCGGAGGAGGAGCAGAUGCGGGUGAGGAGGAGGACGGUCCAGGCGGUCCUUGAGCAGUGCCGGGAAGCCCUCGAGCUGCUCCAGGACGCCGAACCCGGCCGAGAUCCCACCGGAGAUGCAGACAUGGAGAAGGUGGAGGAGGUGCCGGAGGAGGAUGACGCCGGGGAUCGUUCCAAUCCGGCCUCGCCCUCUGCAGCUGACUACGAGACCUAUGAGCUCUGUGAUCUACUCAAAUCUAGACUUGAAUCACCUGACUUUCUUCAGAAGCUUGGGGACAGCAAAAUUUCAGUUCCUCAUCGUAUUUCUGCUGAUGAUAGUGCUUCUUGGGAUUUCGUUAAUGCUUUCGAAUUUUGGGAAGAUGAGCAUGUCAACGGUGACAAUGAAUCAGAACAAGAUGACUAUGUACUUGUUAGGCAAGAAGACAUAGUAGAUGGGAUUGCAUCCUUCAUGGCUGCUUACCUGUUGUCACUAAAACAAACCAAGGAUCUAACCCCUAAUCAACUUCAAAAAGCACUUUGCAAAACAUUUUCUGUCAAAAAGAAGAAAAGUAAACUUCGUAAGGCCUGGGAUGGAAGCAAAGUUGUUUACAAUGUUGCAUCCUGGAGUGCAACUGCUAUUGGAUGUGCUGUUGUCAUUGAUGUUCCAGUAGCAACUUGCAGCUUGAUCUUUCGAUGUCCUGUUCAAUUCAAAUUAUCACUUUGCUCUUCUUCAGCUGGUUGGGAAGCUUAUUUAAAGAUACUUCUAUUUCAGAAGCCUCUAUGGCUUGCUUCAACUUCUCACUGCCAAUUAGCUUUCUAAUUAAUUCAGUUCAUCAUCUAUCACUUGUGAAUCAUAGCUCUUUAAUUAGUGAUUUUAACUAAGUCAUUCAUUUGUAAUUUUGUAUAUUUGAUGUGUUCUUUGUUGCAAGUGAAUGAGAGAUGAACAAGAAGUUGGAUGAUCAAGAUAUGGUUGUGAAUAGAUGAGAAUAUUUUAGAGAAGGAUGAUCAAGAUGUGACUAUGCUGGGAUCUUGGUUAAUGUACCGAAAAUCAUGCAGUGUUCCCUAGGUUUGCUUUUAUUUAAAGAGAUUCUCAGAUGCUGGCACUUGACUCAACACUAACCCAAGCCUGUGGAAUAUUGAUAUGCUUCUGAGUCCCCAAUCAUGCCUUCCCACAUUGGAUUAUCUACAAAACUGGGCUUUUAGUUGUUAUGCCACCUUAAAUUAGGCAUUAUUGAAACCUAUAUAGUGCUGUUGGUUUGUUUUGCUGUUCAUUAUGUUGCUGAUUUUACUUCUAUAGACUGGAAUUUUGUCAAAUCUAAAGGUCAAAAAGCCUCUUUUUCUUUUUUGUUACACAGGAAAAUAUUUGUCUGCCACUUUGCAGUCUACUAACUGCUGCUUCUCUCUCUUUUUUUUUUCCUUUCAGCAUAUACCAAAAUCCAGUGUUAUUAAAAGCAGCCUCUGCAGCAUUUUGGACCUCUUGCCGCGUAA